UUUCAAGCUUUCACAAUUUUUAAAAAACGCUUUAUUUCCAGGUACAGAUAUGAACUUUCGUUUUAAAAUUGCGAAAAUAACACCAAAUAAAACGCGAAAUGGCCUUCUCCGUGUCGUCCGGGAACAACAGUCCUGUCGACAGUCCACUCAGCACGAGUUUGGACCUGGAAAACGAAUACUUUGAUUAUGACCCAGAAGUAACUGAUUUCACUUUGAUCGUUGAAGAUCAAAAGUUACAUGUGGCAAAAGUUGUCUUAAUCGACGCAUCACCUGUAUUUAGGAAAAUGUUGACAGGGGAAUUUAAGGAGAAAAACAUGACCGAGCUGGAACUUCCGGGGAAAAAGUAUUCCAGCUUUGAACUGUUUCUGCGAUGUACUUUUCCGAGAGAGUACACACUAACAGAGACUUGCAUUGACGAUAUCCUGCCACUAGCUGAUGAGUAUAAUGUAAAAUGUGUUCUCAAGAAGUGUGAAAACUGGCUACUUACGGAGCUUGAGUUUAAAAAUGCCAAGGUUCGUCCACACUACCAAGAUGUAGAGGGCGACGUGAGAUAUCUGAUGAAAUGUCUCUAUUAUGGUGAGAAAUAUUCCCUAGAAGAACUGUACAAGAAGUCUUUCACCACGGUUCUGCCGUUUAAAUUUCAACGGUACAUAGAAAACGAGCACUAUCAGAUGCUACCUGAAAAAAACAAACGCGAAUUAUUAGAAAUGCGACUCAAAGGAAUCGAGGAAGAUGUUGCAGGAAGAACCGGAGGUGGAAUAUUCGGAAGUACUUAUCAGAAAAAUAAAGGGAAUUCAUAUGGGCAACCUUCAUUUGGAUAUGCGACACCUUCAGUUCAAGUGGAACUUUAUCAAUGUUCAUCAACUCUUUUUCUGUAGACUGCUUAGAUUGUAUAUCUACACUUAUGAAUUAAGACAUUUUGAAAUAAACUAUAAAAUACCUGCACCAAAGUAACUGCUUACACCUUUGGUAUUUCAACACCUGUGAGAUGGUGUUCGUAAGCUAUAAUUGAAUUUUUACAGAUAUGUAAUUAUUGUAAAAUUUAUCAAAAGCCUACUUUCAUUUUCGAUAAACAAGCUCGAAAUAGCAAAAAUGAGAGUAAAGUAGUGUGCACGCUUUUGCGGAUCCAAGUCAGCGGUAGUCUACAUCCAAAUAUAUACUUGCAAUGAAAUGAUAUUGAAUGAAUAGGUAAAGAAGUAAAAGAACGAUUAUAUUUAUUGGUAACUUAUUUAGAGUAUACAUAGAAGUCAAGAUUUGACAAAUGGUGAAUCAGUAAAAUGAGCCAAUUCGUUUCUUGAAUGCGCGAUUUUAGUUUUGAUGGAUAGAACCUUCAAGAACGGAGUUACCUUCUUCCUAACAAGAACUGCAAGCUGGUUCACUAAUUAACGUCAUGGCGAAAAGUGUAGAACAAGUUUAUCAUGCAUCGCGGGCAGAUAUCUUGGAUCGGACAUCUUUGGUUAAUACAAAGAAAGUUAAUAAAUAAAAUGGAAUAAUUUAAAGCGACUUAUGGUUUGAUGGAAACAACUUUUUUAGAACGGGGGCCCCAGGUUCGCGGGUUGUCUAAUUAACGUCACGGCGGAAAGUGUAGUGCGAGUUAACCAUCGGGUAGAUACUUUGGAUCUGAGAACAUUGGUUUAAAAUAUGCAAAUAAAUAUGGCUAAAUUAGCGGGUUUUUAAAAUUUCAUACAUUUUAAUACCGUGAUAGAUUGGUAGUAUGUGUAGGUGUCAUUUUAAACAGUAUUUCACUGAAGGUUCACCGAAACAUGGCUGAGCCAAAAUAAUUCCCGAAUUUUCCUUUGAAUUCGGGGCGUUUCUGCACGCGACAGGAGCUGAUUUUUUUUAUGAGAUGAAAAACAAUGUGUAAGAGGUCUAACUAUCCCAUUUUUGUAAAAAUGCGAGGUCAUUUGAAUUUUUGAUGCGCGUUGUUUCCGGAGGGGGGUGAAAAGGCCCGGGCUUGAUUUUCAAGCACAUGUGUAACUUCGAGGUAAACAAAGUCUCACGCCUUGCUGGAUGCACGUGUGUAUUUUGUAAAUGAAGCGUUGUUUAAAAAGAUGUCAAGAGGAUUUUUUUCAGAAGUUCGUUUUGAAUUUUUAAUCUGCAUGUAAAGUUGUGCAAUUUUGGUAUAAAGAAUAUAUAUAUAGUAAAAUUUAAUACUGUAGUGACACUGCA